CUACCCGUUUGUAUAUUUUGAUUUGAGUGCGUUUAUUUAGGUACCUUACAAUGUUUACUUAUAGCGUUAUUCUACUUGCAUAUUAAUUCAAGUACAUGUAUGUGCCCUUAAAUAACCAUAAUUCCCUAAGGCAACAUGGUAGGUUUGUAGCCUUUCCCAAGGUAACUGACUUUACCCUGGUAUCUUGGGUCUUUGUUGCCAACAACCAGUAACUCCCUAAACUGCACAUACAUGUAGUAUAUUCCCCAGAAACUAAUCACUCCCUAUAUGCCCUGGGUUUACCCUGGUAUAUAUGGGAUAGGGUAUAAACCUAACUCUGGGUAUUCCCAGUUACCAGGAAGCAUAUAAUUCCCUACUGCAGGAAUGUAGUCCCCUGGUAAAGCCCCUUUAGUCACAAGGUCCCUGGUAUUUCCCAGUACAAUUUAAACAUGUGUACUUUUGAAUGUAUGAAUAACAACUUUUUUGAAUGUAUGAAUAUCUCUUGUAUACACGCAGCAUUUAUACCCGUAUCAUGUGUUUAUUAGAAACUCUCACACCAGAAACAAUGAAUAACAUUAGUCUGAGCUGGUAUAUAAGAGCCUGGCCUAAACUUGACCACAAGUAAUGAUUAUUUGUGCUUUAAAACCACAUCAAGCAGCUAUUUAGAAAGUUUACUUAGAAAGUGUCUAGCUGAAUACGCUAUGGCGACUAGUAGUACCUCUGUUAGUAUUAAACCUACCGUGUCUGGUUUUAACGACUGCAUUUCUGAGGAUUUUGACUAUAUUGUUAUUGGGUCUUCAUUUUGUGCCCUCGGUUUUGUGGAGCAACUACUGAAGAAUAACUGUACCGCUAAAAUGCUGAUAAUCGAGAAAGGUUCCUAUUGUUCUGAUAUUGAGAGCCUCAGUCCAGCUGACUUAGGGGAAAAAGAAAAAAAGACGGAGGAACAAUCUUGGAAGUUUAAGACAGCGGAUGAAAAUGGUAUUAUCAAAGAAGUACGAGGAGUGAAUUGCUAUGUGGGUGGACGAUCUAGUUUUUGGAAAGCUUGGUGUCCAAAGCCCACCAGAGAAGAAAUGACUGGAUGGCCCGGAACAGUGAUCAAGCUGCUAGAUGAUUAUUUUCCUCGUGCCAAAGAGCUCUUGAGUGUUAAAAAUGUGGAUAAAAUUAAAGGAGAUCAGUUCAACCGACUUCAAGAGGUCCUUUUUUUGCAACUGCAGCCUUUGCAUAAAUUUACGGCAAUAACAAGAGUUGAGAAUGCUCCACUUGCACUUGUUGAGAGGAACUCAGAGUAUGGCAGCCACCAAAAAUUUUCUGUGGUAGAUUCCCUCAGAGCAAAAAUAAAGAAAUUCGAUAAUGUGAAGCUGUUAACAGAAUGCGAAGUGUCUAAAAUCAUAAUGGAUCAAGAUAAAGCAUCUGGACUAGUCACUAGCAAAGGAACACUUCCCCUCGGUCAAGCUAAACUCAUCCUAGCAAUGAGUACCCUACCUUCGACAAUUCUCACUCUCAAUUCUCUGUCUCCUGCUGUUCACGGUAUUGGAACACGUUUCACUGGUCACUUUGCUACGUAUAUCUUUGCUCGUGUGCCGUGUGAAGGAAAUUAUGCUGCGUUUGCUCUUGACCCUCUUCCCGAACAUCUUGAAUUGGCUGCUUUUUAUAUUGCUGGUGUAAGUGAGAAAUCUAGACAUCAGUUUCAUAUACAGCUUAACGCCGUGUCCAUUGCCGGUAACGAGAAACCAAAUUUGGACAAAAUGCGUCAUUUGCUCAAAACACCGAAGGACGAAAUGAUUGAAACUUGCCACAAUCACAUUGUCUUUGUUUGUGCAACUCUUGGUCAGGUCGACCACAAUAACCCAAAUAAUCAGUUUUAUCUUGAUGAAACAACCGGCCAACAAUUUCUCCACUUCACGGCCAAUGACACUGACAAAGAACUCUGGGAUACCAUGGAUCGAACAACUUUUCAGGUCUUAGAACAUUUGAGUCCUAACCAAAUCGAAUAUUGGAACUCUGACUUUAGGAAAUGGCAAGAAGGUCGUCCUCCAAAAGAUCAAAUCCAGCACAAGUCUUUAGUGCACCCAGCCUCUACCAUGUGGAUAAGUAAUGAUGCUAGCUCUCCUGUGAGUCUUGACUAUACCGUGCGUGGUAUGGACAAUGUGUACCUUACUGGUGGUGCUCUGUGGCCAACUGCUGGGUCUUGGAAUCCAACCUGUGCCAUGACUGCACUGGCUAUGCACCUAGCUGAUUGUCUGACUGCUCCCAAUAGCAAGCUGUAGUCUUGAGGGAGCUAGGUCACUGUGUUCUGUGUUGAGUGUGUGAGACACAAGAAAGUGCGCUUAGUUCGUGUUAGUUUGUGGUUGUAAUGUGUCGCCAAAUGUCAAGAUGUUAGACAUCACAAUCCACUUCUUGUUUUUUUAUGGAAUCAUGACUUCAUUAUGUCUUUAGCCAUGCAGUGCGUGCUUUAUUUUUUUGCUCACCCCAGGCCCUGAUAUUGCUACUGACAAUUGUGACAUAUUGUGAUAUCCCAUAUACUUUUAAAAUUAAAUUUUAAAUACUUGUGUGAAUAUUGAAGACCUAUAUAAAAACAUUCAUGAA